AUGUCUUCCCUCACACCAACACCCACACCGACUUCCCUCGCCCCCUCCGGCACAGUCGCCAUAAUCUCGGGCACCCCCUACCCCACGCCAUUAACCUGCCAACCCCACGUAGCCAGAAACAUGUACUUCAGCGACGUUUCCGGGCAAUGGUGCACCUACGCGCUCGACCCCUCCAGCGGCAAUGAAACGAUCCCGUACCUCGCCUCGUGCUGCAAAGAAGGCGCCGAAGUGAAAAUGUGGCAGGACUGUAUGCUUUACUGCGAAGUUACGGGGGAGCAGAGGAAUAGCUGGAGGGACUGCGUCGAGGAGAUUUACCCCGAGGCGAAGACAGAUAAGAAGUUUAACGAUGCGCAGGCGUGCUAUGGGUUGAAGAGUGAGGAGGUGGAGGAUGUGCAGGGCCCGAAUGGGACGAGGGCUGUUGAGGCGGCACAGAGUAGAACGGCGGUGGGGAGUGCGGCGGCGACGGGGGAUGGUGAAGGUGCGGCGAGUCUGGAUAGACCAUCUUUGACACUGGGAGGAUGGAUGGUAGCUUUCCUGGCUGUAGCAGCUGGAUUCUUAGGUUGA